GAGCUAUUUAAAACUUUCCUUUUUUGAUGUGGGUCCCUAGAAUUACCCUUUACCAAACUGAGAAAUUGUACGAGUUAUCAACACCGCAGCCAAUCAUGGAAGGCACGAAAGAAAAGGAACACCUCUUAGCCCUAAAAGUGAUGAGGCUUACCAAGCCCUCCCUGAUGCCCUACCAUCCUUUGAUUAGCGACACCAGGGACCUUCAAGGGGAGCUACUUCAUUCAAUCCAGACCUCAGACAUUUCUCAACCCGAUGGGGUUCCAUACUUUGGACUGGGAGAUUUAUUGACUUUGCCUCAAAAUUUCGGGAACAUUUUCCUAGGAGAGACGUUUUCAAGCUAUAUCAGUGUUCACAAUGACAGCGUACAACAAUGCCGAGACAUCACUUUAAAGGUUGACCUGCAGACCACAUCCCAGAGACUGAUGUUGUCAGGAGCAGACAUGCCAGCCACAGAGGAGCUAGGGCCAGACCAGAGCAUUGAUGAUGUGGUACACCAUGAGGUCAAGGAACUGGGAACUCACAUACUUGUAUGUGCUGUGAGUUACUCAACUAACAAUUUUGAAAAGAUGGCAUUCAGAAAGUUCUUCAAAUUCCAGGUUUUGAAGCCAUUGGAUGUGAAGACAAAAUUCUAUAAUGCAGAGUCUGAUGAAGUUUAUCUUGAAGCCCAAAUACAGAACAUAACACCCGGUCCCAUCUACAUGGAACAUGUCAGUUUGGAGCCGUCUUCCCAGUAUAUCUGUACACCGCUCAAUAACGCUGGGGGUAAAGAUCAAAAAGAGAUGGUGUUUGGCAAGGUUAAUUACUUAAACCCCAUGGACAUCCGUCAAUAUCUGUACUGCCUGAUUCCCAAACCAGAAGUCAUAAAGCAGAAUAAGAUCAUGAAAGGGGUGACAGACAUUGGUAAAAUUGACAUUGUGUGGAAGACCAACCUAGGGGAGCGUGGGAGACUGCAGACCAGCCAGCUACAGAGAGUGGCCCCUGGAUAUGGAGACAUUAAAGUAACUCUAGAGGAGACACCCGAUUCUGUUGUAUUAGAGUCCUCCUUCAAUAUCAUAUGUAGGAUUACAAAUUGCUGUGAAAGAAACAUGGAUUUAACCCUGACUCUCCAAAACAAUCAGCCUGGUGGACUUUUAUGGACUGGGAUUUCAGGGAGACAGCUGGGAAAACUGGCCCCCAAGGAGCACCUAGAUCUCAAGCUUACCCUGAUAGCCACUAUUCCAGGAUUACAGGCAAUAUCUGGACUAAGGAUAACAGACAAUUUCCUAAAGAGAACUUAUGAACAUGAUGAGCUGGCCUCAGUAUUUAUCUACAAUGACUCUAAUCCCUGAUUCUUAACAAUAACACUGUGUAGGACUUAGAAUCAGACUCGAUUAUGUUUUAAUUCCAGAUGACAAGGCUUCCAGGGCAAGGCAUUCCACUUUAAAAUUCAUCUGUGUUUUGUCUCGGCAUUGAAGAAGAAGUCUUGGUUCAUUUUGAAGCCUAUUAACAUGGUGGUUUAAUCCUAAGUUAGCUUAAAUAUCAAGUGGAAUUGUUUCCAGCUGUAUGUCUUUCAUAGCUAGGUUUUGUAAAAUCUUGCAUUUUCAUUUUUUUUCACAAGAAAAUUGACUGUUAAUGUAUUGAUUGUUGUGCAAUACUUAGGUAUAUGUUUAUUGAUGCAAAAUUGUUAUCAAAACAUAAUAAAUUCUUACGAAAUUUA